AUGUGCAUUGGCAGUUGGUUCCUUGUAGAUGCCCCUCACGCUUUAGGCCAUAGCCCAGAAUGGAAACUCUGGCAGGUCACCUUGGAGAUGUCAGGGUGCAGUUUCGAGAUCGAUACUUGCGUCUGGCUCAACACAGGCAAUGCCAGCUGGCAGCGUGCCAGUGGCCAGUCCGUCGAUGCAUGGUUGGAGGCUGAAGGCAACGCCUCCGACGGCCAGCUUUUCAUCAUCGAGACCCCUAUGUUGAAUGCCACCACCGCAGAGAAGGCUGUGGUCUUUUCUUACAUGAUGACUGGAUCGAGCUCAGUGUCCUUGGAGGUGGAGCACAAGACAGAGUUCGCUGGCUGGUCGACCUUGUUUUCGGAGAGCGGAGACACUGGCGAGGCUUGGAAGGGUGCCGCCAUCCGAGUGCCCGAAGGCACUGUUGGCCUUCGGCUUCUGGCCAGUGCUGGCGUUGGCGCCGUGGUCAAAGUGGAUUCGAUUUUGGCUGUGGAAAGAGCCGAUUGGGAAAGCAUUGGUUGCACCUUCGAGGUUGACUUCUGUGGGUGGUCCCGUAGUUUUGAGAACCAGUGGCGCGCCCAGCGGGGCCCAACCGCAACAAGUUUCACUGGGCCUCCAGAAGGGGCUUUCGAGGGGGACUGGUACAUUUACACGGAAGCUGAUAGCACUUACAACAAGGCAGGGCUUUGCCGGGCGUUGUUCCACUUGACUUCACCAGUUUUUGCCCUGCAGGCCUUUUCCCUGACAUCUCCGAUGUGUGAGCGCAGCAACGUGACGAGGCAUCUUCGCUUUGUUUACAACAUGUUUGGCGGAGGCAUGGGAAGCUUGCGGUUAGAGUCUUUGGGAAGCAGCCGCUGGACAACGCUUUGGCUGCGAGCAGGUAAUCGAGUUCCGCGCUGGGAGCCCGACUACGUUGUCAUUCCGCAGGAUGCAGAGAUGCUGCGGUUCGUGGGCGUCACGGGCACUGGGAGGGAAAGCGACAUCGCUCUGGACGCCAUCGGUGUUGCUGUCGGCGUACCCGUUCUGGACCUCGAAAACAUCGCCUGUGGUUUUGCAUUGGACACGUGCAGAUGGCUCAACACAGGCAAUGCCAGCUGGCAGCGUGCCAGUGGCCAGUCCGUCGAUGCAUGGUUGGAGGCUGAAGGCAACGCCUCCGACGGCCAGCUUUUCAUCAUCGAGACCCCUAUGUUGAAUGCCACCACCGCAGAGAAGGCUGUGGUCUUUUCUUACAUGAUGACUGGAUCGAGCUCAGUGUCCUUGGAGGUGGAGCACAAGACAGAGUUCGCUGGCUGGUCGACCUUGUUUUCGGAGAGCGGAGACACUGGCGAGGCUUGGAAGGGUGCCGCCAUCCGAGUGCCCGAAGGCACUGUUGGCCUUCGGCUUCUGGCCAGUGCUGGCGUUGGGGCUGUGGUCAAAGUGGAUUCGAUUUUGGCUGUGGAAAGAGCCGAUUGGGACAGCAUUGGUUGCACCUUCGAGGUUGACUUCUGUGGGUGGUCUCGUGGUUUUGAGAACCAGUGGCGCGCCCAGCGGGGCCCAACCGCAUCAAGUUCAACUGGGCCACCAGAAGGGGCUUUCGAGGGGAACCGGUACAUUUACACGGAAGCUACUCGCGCUUUGAACAAGGACUUUAUGAUGACAUCUCCGAUGCUUGAGCGCAGCAAUACGACGAGGCAUCUUCGCUUUGUUUACAGCAUGUUCGGCGAACACAUGGGAAGCUUGCGGUUAGAGUCUUUGGGAAGCAGCCGCUGGACAACGCUUUGGCUGCGAGCAGGUGAUCGAGCUGAGCGCUGGGAACUCGAGUACGUUGUCAUUCCGCAGGAUGCAGAGAUGCUGCGGUUCGUGGGUGUCACGGGCAGUGGAUUCAGAAGCGACAUGGCUCUGGACGGUCUCGAUGUUGGUUUCGGCCUACCUGUUCUGGGCAUAGAACACCUCGCCUGCGAUUUUGCAUUGGACACGUGCAGAUGGCUCAACACUGGCAAUGCCAGCUGGCAGGGUGCCAGUGGCCAGUCCGCCGAUGGGUGGUUGGAGGCUGAAGGCAACGCCUCCGACGGCCAAGUUUUCAUCAUCGAGACCCCUAUGUUGACUGUCACCGCAGAGAAGGGAGUGGUCGUUUCCUACAUGAUGACUGGAUCGAGCUCAGUGUCCUUGGAGGUGGAGCACAAGACAGAGUUCGCUGGCUGGUCGACCUUGUUUUCGGAGAGCGGAGACACUGGCGAGGCUUGGAAGGUUGCCGCCAUCCGAGUGCCCGAAGGCACUGUUGGCCUUCGGCUCCUGGCCAGCCUUUCUACAUGGGAAAAGGCGAAAGUUGGUGCGAUCUCCGUUGCAAAUGUUGUGUCCAGCUUCGCAAAUCUGACCUGCAGCUUCGAAGUCGAUCCUUGCGGGUGGCUCUCAAGAACUGGUAUGUGGCUGCAGUUCGGUGGGCCGCAUUUUUUUUUGCAGGGCCCCGACGCAGGCUUCCGCAGCGACUCUUACAUGGCUACCGGCCAAGCUGACGGCGAUCCGACUCUGCAGGUAGGAAUGAGUGGCGAUGUGGCUCCACAGGCCGUCCUUGAGAGUCCCAUGUUCCCUGCGGCCGCCAGCGAGUUCUACUUGGGGUUUGCUUAUCGCAUGUCGGGUAGUGCGAUAAUUCGCAUGGAGUUGCAGUGCCUCCAUCGAGGCCAUUGGUCACAGAUCUGGUCAAUGAGUGGUUCUCAAGGCACCGCCUGGCUGCAAGCAAAGGUCACCCUGCCUGCGGGCACGGAGAUGCUGCGGUUCGUGAGCGCCUCGCAAGAAUGGGAACCUGGAGUGCAUGCCUUGGACUCGGUGGUCGUUUGGGUGCCCGCAGGUCCAAUGCCUCCGGUUCCCUUCUCACUGCAUCGAGGAUGGGAUCAGAACUGUGCCGUCGUCUUCACGCGUGGCGUGAAGUCUCUGAAGUGCUGGGGAAAUGGCAAUAAUGGCAAAAAUGGCUACGGCAACACCGACAGGAUCGGCGACGGCCCUGGGGAGAUGGGCGCCAACCUUCCCUUCGUGGAUCUGGGUGGCAAGCAGCCAGUGAGUGUGGGUUGUGGCGGCCCUUUCUGUUGUGCUGUUCUCGAUGGCGGAGCCGGCCGAGCAGUGAGCUGCUGGGGAGGCAACUACAGGGGCCUGCUGGGGGACGGCUCAGGACAGAACAUUGGUGACGAGCCCAUGGAGAUGGGAAUGCAUCUGCCCACGGUGGAUUUGGGGACGGGAGCCUUUGCGCUCGAGGUCUUCGCCAGUCUUUUUCAGGUCUGCGUGCUGCUGCGCGGUGGCGCUGUGAAGUGCUGGGGACGCGGAUACGCCCUGGGCUUGGGCGAUACGAUGGAUCGCGGUGCUGACUCAAACCACAUGGGCGAUCGGCUCCCCUUCGUCGACCUCGGCACCGACUUCCGCGCUGUGCAAGUCGUUUCAGGGCACCGGCACACUUGCGCAUUGUCAAGCCAAGGCAAGGUCAAGUGCUGGGGAAUGGGCCCCGCCGUCGGCCUGAACUUCUCAAGCAGGUUUAGUGCCGGUGUGGGGAACUCGCCCAACGAAAUGGGCGACCAGUUGCCCUUUUUGGAGUUGGGCCUCGAAGUUCUGCAGAUCUCUGCAGGCAGUUACCACACCUGCGCAGUGCUGGCGGAUGAGUCCUUGAAGUGCUGGGGGGAGAACGGGUGGGGCCAGCUGGGCCACGGUAGCACCGACUCUGUACAGCCUUUGGUGGACCCAAACCUCCCGAAGACUCUGCUGGGCAGCGGCGUGUCCGUCAUGAAGGUGGCAGCUGGUGGAUGGCACACCUGUGCCAUCCUGCAAGAUGAGACUCUGAAGCUCGGAGUGGGAACUGGUGUGGAACUCCUGGGCAAUCAGCCGGAACACAUGGGCGAUGCCUUGCACCCCGUCGAGCUGAACAAUCUCAGAGUACGCGAGGUCAUGGGGGGCGCCCAAGUGACCUGCGUGCGGCUGGAAGAUGACAGCGCACGCUGUUGGGGCCACAACAGCAACGGACAGCUUGGCCUUGGGCACACCGAGAACGUCGGUGGUGAUCCGCGCGACAUGGGAUCAGCCCUCAUGCCCACCGAGAUCUUUGAAACAGAAAAGCUAGGUGCUGGCCUUGAGGGUAUGGGUAUAGGCAGUAUGGGCGAAGGCUCAAGCGAGGGCUGGUUGCUGCUGCAGCACAAUGGCUCUUUUGGGCUGGUCUGCGACGACGGCUUCACGGAUGCCACAGCGCAGGUGGCCUGA